GAGUCAUGAAGAUGAUAAAAACGGGGUUGAUUUUUUCAUUGCCAUUCAUGAUGUAAAUGAAUACCUCUCGGCUUGCGCUGGACAUAGGAUAACACAUAUUCCAAGUCGAGAUCGAAUAGUAUGCUUUGAUAUAAAGGUGUACAGUAUAAGGCGCGGUACUUCCUACUCUUCUAUACAAGUUGUUGCGUUGCUUUACGCUGUUAUAACUCAAUCGACUCCACCCCCUUAUGAACAGAUGCCUGAACCGUGA